CGACGACGACGACGACGACGACGAUACCCCUAUCGUGCAUGAGUCGUUGCUGCAGAGACCAGAUGAACAUGCUGACGUCGAAGUUGACAAGGCAAAUCGCACCUUGUUCCUGGGCAAUGUCAACUCGGACGCCAUCGCCUCGUCCAAGGCCAAGAAGGAGCUCAUGGCGCAUCUCGCCGGGCCUUUAUCAGACCUGGACGCAACUUCAGGCCCGCACAAGGUCGAGUCCAUUCGUUUCCGCUCAGUUGCCGUCGCCGGCAGCGGCAUGCCUAAGCGUGCUGCCGUUAUCACCAAAUCCCUAAUGGAGACGACCACCAAGUCAGCCAAUGCCUAUGCUGUCUACUCAACCCAGCUUGCUGCGAGGACAGCGCUCAAGGCCCUGAACGGAACUGUCGUGCUCGAUCGCCACAUGCGAGUAGACAGUGUGGCCCACCCUACUCCGAUUGACCACAAGCGCUGUAUCUUCGUCGGCAACUUGGGUUAUGUGGACGACGAGACCAUCCUCGAGACCAAUGCCGAAGGUGAGACCAAGGCCAAGAAGCGCAGCAAAGUCCCAGCAGACAUGGAAGAGGGUCUCUGGCGUAUCUUUGGCCAGCAUGCCGGGAAAGUCGAGAGCGUUCGUGUUCCCCGAGAUGCCAAGACCCGCGUGGGCAAAGGAUUUGCCUACGUGCAGUUCUAUGACACAAAUGAUGUCGAGGGCGCCUUGUUGCUCAACGGCAAAAAAUUCCCUCCUAUGCUGCCCAGAAUCCUGAGAGUCAGCCGUGCUAAGAACCCGAGGUUCACGGCUUUAGCUACGGAGAGGACGGCCAAGGCCAAGAUGGACGCAGCAAAGGGCAUGGGGGGCACUGCGGGCAAGCCAAAGAGCACAAAAUACAAGCACAAGGCGACCCCAGAGCAACAGUCGUUGGCCGGACGAGCAAGCAGAUUGUUCGGUCGUUCUGGUGCGCAUCGCGAGGCACAACGCUUGAAGGGGGGAGACAAGAAGCCAAGACAGAGAGAAGGAAAGCCCGACGGUAGGCCCGACUUGGGUGCCCUCAAGACACCGGAGCAGAUCGUCUUUGAAGGCCGCCGCGCCAGUUCCAAGGACGGCAAGCCGAAAGACCUCAAGUUCAACAAGACCAAGGGCAAGAAGAGGCCGCCGCGCCAGAUGGCCCAAGGCAGGGGUGCAAGAAGAGCUUCCGAGUGGAGGAAGCAGUCUGACAAAUAAGCGGCCGGUGUUGCGAAGAACAAUAGCUUUUGUUGACCAGGAAUAGGCACUUACCAUCCAUAUAAUACCCAUGAGCAGUGAUUAGAGCUCGACGCUACCAAACACUACAUGACCUUCAUCUUUCUAGUCGUUAGUGCGCAUAUCGAGAUAUCAAUAAGGCUAUAACGAUAAAUUACAUGUGAAAUCCCAAAAGUGAUUGUUAUCAAGGCAAUGCGGUGAACGUUUAGGAUUCCCACGGCUUGGAAAUGAAAAUGAAAAAGAAAACAAAAAGGGUGGGGAAGAAGAAAAAAGAGAAGGGUUUUCCUAACAAUUCAUGUUUAUCAUAAAACCACCUCUCCUCGCUGAGUGCGUGAAAUAAUUCAGAGAUGCGAUUCGACAACGGCCCCCAAGUCCUCAUCGCGGCUAGAAAACCCCCGUUUGGACCGCCCGUUCUGCCUAGUCUAGGUA